AAAUGACCACCAUGGAAUUUGACUUUCUAAUAGCCGUAAAUUAUAAUUAAACUUUGACUUAACUAAUUUCCUUUUUAAAUUCUAUAUAUAUUUUUGUUCAUACUUUUCAGAUUAUGCAUUUAAUGUCUAUUAAUCUCUAAAAUUCCGCAAGGUUAUGAGUCAAAUUCAUUAAUCUCCGGGGAGAUUUGUGCAAUUUAUCCUCUUUCGAAAGCUCUCUGAUCUCAUCCCUGAUCAGAACUCUCCGCCUCUGGUAUGGCGGCUGCUGCUGCAGCGAUCUCUCUCUACCCUCAAUGCCCCCGCCGCCAUCAUCCACAGACAACCACCCACUUCAAACUUCAGCUGAUAUACCCUACACCCAGAUUUCCCUUUCCCCUUCUCCCCAACAAAAUCCACCAUUACAGUCUCGCCCUCUCAUUUUUCGCCUCUCCCUCUUCUUCUUCUUCUUCUUCAGCUUCCUCAAUUUCAAAUUUUAUCGGAGUCCCACUUCGAAAAGGUCGAUUUCUCAGCAAUGACGAGCUCGAGAAGCUUCAAUUCCUCGAGGAUUUCGAAUAUUUCCACGAACUCGGAUGUGGGUCGAUGUGGGUUCGCGUGAUGAGGGCUGAAGAGAUGGAUGUUACCAUCGCCUUGCUCGCAGAAUCCUUCGCGGAGUCCAUGUCUCUGCCGCUGAAAUACGUGCCUCUGCUGCGUUUCUUCGUGAAAAAGUACUUGAUUGAGAGAAGAGCUCUUAUGCCGCACACUGUGACGCUUGUUGCGUUCUACAGAAGAGGAGAUGGGGAUGGAAACGAAGAACACUUGGCCGGUACUGUGGAGGUUUCUUUUGACAAGAGGGGUGCUAAUGCUUCUCCCACAACACCCACUCCUCCGAAAAAUUCUCCUUAUAUUAGUAACGUGACUGUGAAAAGCUCACUUCGAAGGAGAGGCAUUGGUUGGCAUCUGUUGAAGGCAAGCGAGGAACUGAUAUCUCAGAUGAGUUCCUCCAGAGAGGUUUACUUGCACUGCAGAAUGAUUGAUGCAGCUCCAUUCAACAUGUACACCAAAGCAGGUUACAGCGUUAUUAGGACAGAUAGCAUCCUGAUCUUGUUGAUAUUGCAGAGACGUAAGCAUCUGAUGUGCAAGAAGCUUCCAAGAUUAAACAACCCUUCUGAAAAGGAUCACUUGGUCUCUGAUGGAAAACUUUCUUUGUGAAUAGAUAGUGAGAAGAUUGGAACAAAUUUGCUGAGGUAGGCUGUAAUUGAUGCAUUGUUUUUCCUUUCUUAUAGAAGCUUAUGUUUUCCUCUACAACUUCUGCUCCUCUCUAUCUGAAGGACACCUGUGAAUUACUGUUGUACAUAAUCACAUUUAUGUCACUGCUAUUCCAUCUUUUUU